AGUUCAGAACGCUUAACGAAAUACUCUGCUGCUUCACUGAUAUAAAUUUUUUUUUUUUCUCCCCGGAAACGCACUGACACUAUUAGCAGCGAACGAUACACACAGGAACGUUACUGUAUCAGCCUCCCUGGUGUUGUGCGGUACUAGUGGGGGGAUGCUGCCCUUUCCGAACACUCAGGCCUCUGGUUAGUGCCUGUGGCGAAGUUACAGGAAGUCCAUAAAACACAUUGAAUAGCAAACGCUCGGAUAUUGUCCCAGUUUACACAAGGCGAGAAUACAGAACGAAAUCAAACGAGAGAGAGAGAGAGAGAGAGAGAGAGAGAGAGAGAGAGAGAGAGAGAGAGAGAGAGAGAAAGGGAGGGGGUUGACAUGCGCGGGAGGUGGCGGGUUGGGACCACCUCAUGUCUGGCCUCGCAGGGAACGCAGUGGUCCGUCAGCUCCCCGCCGCUUCACGCCUCACUCCUGAGGCUCCUCGCUAGACUGACCAUACAGGGAGGUCCGCGUGCUACUCAAGAAAAUUACUGACAGUUUGAAAAAAAAGGAGAAAAAAGAAAGCUGAAACAAAUAGCGAAAUAUUUGACGCCAAUGAAUGCCAAACUGUGUUAAGCAAAAAGUGUCUAUCAUAUUUUGUUGAUUCCAUCACUCGUAUUGUGUACAGAUUGUUGGUGCGGAACGAAGGAGUGACGCAGCACACACCGCCAUGGAGGGAAACAUGACAGAAAUGGUGCUACGGCUGCUGCUCACGGCAAUGGAGAAGAUGGGCAAGGAUACUGACCCGGAAACGCUGGCCAGGUUCCUGAACACCACAGACCACAUCGGCGGUGACCUAACAGACACUCAGCCCGAAGCUCCGAAACAACAGUUCUGCCGGUUUGACUUCAAGGAGGCGUACAGGUGGUGGCACUACCGGCUGGCAGUGAGUGUGGCGGUGACGGGCGUGGUCACCAAUCUGCUCAAUGUGGUGACCCUGACGCGGCCCUGCAUGGCCACGCCCACCAACCUGCUGCUGCUGGGUCUGGCCGUGGCGGACCUGCUGGUGGUGACCGAGUACAUUCCCUACGCGGCGUCCAUGCUGGUGGGCGGCGAUAGUCUGGUCGAGGCGCGGGAGUACGCCCUCUACAUCAUCACUCACGCCCACCUGUCGCAAGUCUGCCACACGAUUGCUAUCUGGCUCACGGUGUCCCUGGCUCUGUGGCGGUGGGUGGUGGUGUGUCGGCCCCACGAUGCCAUCACCCUCUGCACCACACCCCGCGCCCGGCGACUCCUCCUCGUCGUCUACCUGGCCUGCCCUGUGGUCUCCAUCCCAACUUUCUUCCUCUACACAGUGAAGGAGAUUCCGGUAUCGGAGCACAACCCUUCGAAAAUAUACAUCGUCGACAUGUCUUCCAAUAAACUUCUGAAGGAGAUCACGCUGCUGGUGUACAGCGUGGUGGUGAAGCUGGUGCCAUGCCUCCUCAUAACCCUUCUCAUCCCCGCCAUCAUCCGCGGCAUGUGGGUUGCUAAGAAUCGGCGCCAGCGUCUCUUGAGCCGCCACCACUCCUGCACCCCCGCCGCCGUGACGGUGGCAGCCACCGCCGCCGCCCCAGCCACCUGCCGCGGGACUCUGCUGCAGGAUUCAAAGAGUGACAUACAGAAAGACCCUCAGGGCGGCGGCUCCUUAAUCAACGGGAACGUUACCACUAAGAAAGCGCAUCAGCUUCAGCGUCGAGACACUCUGGCAGCCUUCACGUCUUUCUAUGCGAAGGCGGCGCAGCUGGCGGCCUCCUCAACACCUCAACGGCAGACGGGAGCCACAGAACGCAGCACGAGCAUGCUACUGUUGAUGAUGGUGCUGUUCCUGUUGGCGGAGGCUCCACAGGGAGUCCUAACUGGCAUGGCGCUCUUCUAUGGUCACAAGUUCAUUAGUGACUGCUACAUCCAACUGGGGGACCUCAUGGACUUGCUGGCCCUCACCAACAGUUCCAUCAACUUCCUGCUCUACUGCGUCAUGUGCAAGCAGUUUUGGGACACAUUCGUCAGUCUCUGCUGCACCUUGCCCCGCGGCCGCCGAUCCAAGCAGCCACCUCACACAGACACCAACUCAGCCUCCACCAAAACUUCCAAGAUAUGAGUCUCGCUUCCCUCUUGAAAAAAGUUUGGUUUUACGAAGAUGCUCAGCGCCGCGUCGCAGUGCAAUACCUUCUGGCGGUGGUGGAGGUGAAGCCUUGAUGGAGAGUGCUGAGUGGCGUGGGUUUACAGGCGAGUUCGGUGUGGGAGAGGCGGGAAGAGAGGGUUUUACAGUAGGAGGAUACGUCGAAGCUAGUCUGAGCCCUGCUAUGCUUCACGAAUCCCAGAACCCUCGUUGUAUAUAUCUCAAGAACGUAGGAAGACUGCAAAUAAGGAAGGCAGGUUGAUCUACACAAGGCAUCUGAUUUUUGUACAGAAUAUGACAAUGUAUUCCAUCACAGUGCUAUCAGUUACUUCCCUCGCUCAGUGCACUCCCUCACGUGGCAUCCAGACUGUGGUGCUCGCCGGUGAUAGCCUCUCAGUGGGCGCCAGUACAUGCCAGUCCGUGUUACGUGUGAGUGUUGGGGCAGGCAUCCAACCUCUCACUGUUCAGUCUCACGGAAAAAGGGGAAGGCACACACAAGCGGAUGGGUUCGUGUGUCUUGUGGCGCUCCCUGUCUAGAGACUCUUCCAGUUUGAGUGACGCUUUGAAUUUGUGUUAUCUAAUUAUAUUUUAUUCUGUUU